UAUUUUGUGUGUUGAAAUAUUUGUUGAAAUUCGCUCGUUUUCAAAAUGCCGAAGGUGAAAGCAGAGAAAAAAAGUCGGCAACACCAAGAAGUUAAAAGUCAAGGGAUUAUGUUCAACACUGGUAUCGGUCAGCAUAUUUUGAAAAAUCCACUGGUUGUCAAUGGAAUCAUUGAAAAGGCGGCCCUGAGACCAACAGAUGUUGUUCUGGAAGUGGGACCAGGAACUGGUAACAUGACAGUCAAACUACUGGAAAAGGCGAAGAAAGUCGUUGCUUGUGAACUGGACACAAGGCUCGUUGCUGAAUUACAGAAAAGAGUACAGUGCACGCCAAUGCAGACGAAGCUGCAGAUUUUAAUUGGGGAUGUUUUGAAGACAGAACUUCCCUUUUUUGACGUUUGUGUGGCCAACUUGCCUUAUCAGAUCUCAUCACCUUUUGUCUUCAAGUUACUCCUCCACAGACCCUUUUUCAGGUGUGCAGUGCUGAUGUUCCAGAGAGAGUUUGCCAUGCGAUUAGUGGCCAAGCCUGGAGAUAAACUUUACUGCAGACUGUCCAUUAACACACAGCUGUUAGCUCGCGUGGACCACCUCAUGAAGGUGGGGAAAAACAACUUCCGUCCUCCUCCUAAAGUGGAGUCCAGUGUUGUCAGAAUAGAGCCGAAAAAUCCUCCACCACCCAUCAACUUCCAGGAGUGGGAUGGCCUGGUCAGAAUUGCCUUUGUUAGAAAAAACAAAACGCUCAGUUCCGCUUUUAAGUCUGCAGCAGUGGAGCAGUUGCUGGAGAAGAACUACAGAAUCCACUGCUCUGUCCACAACAUAGAAAUAGCACAGGACUUCAGCAUUACCAAGAUGAUUGACACUGUUCUGCAAGACUCUGGCUUCAGUGAGAAGCGAGCACGCUCUAUGGAUAUAGACGAUUUCAUGGUGCUUCUUCAUGCAUUCAACUCAGCUGGAAUCCACUUCUCAUAAAAAACCUGAGGAAAUUGGUCCCAGUCAGCUACCACACUGGUCGCAGGUCUAAGGAGUCUUCAGUGACUGGACUGAAAAGCAGCUGUGUGAAAUGGAUGUGCAUCAGGACUUGUCCGGUUCUUGGUAGACAGGGGACGUUUGUCAUAAAAGCUCUGUUUGUGGUGGCUUGCAGACACUGAUCAAUGGAAGUUUUGCUCUGCUUGUCAAACAAAAGAACUGACAAAGACUAUAAGAAAUGAGAAUCAUUUUAAUAUUUUCAAAUACACAGUUUCAUGAAAUUUGUUCAAAUACCUAGAUAUCAUAUUGAUA